CACUCUAACCGCGCAUGCGCGGCUCCAGGGCGUGCAGCGCGGCGAUCGGUGGCGAUCACAUGGGACAUGGGCACUGAUCAUCAGGGCACUGAUGAUCAGUGUGCCCUGAUGAUUAGUGUACCCCAGCAGUGCCACCUGUCAGUGUCCAUCAAUGCUGCCUGCCAGUGCCCAUCAGUGCCUCAUCAAUGCCACAUAUCAGUGCCUACCAGUGCAUAUCAAUGCCCCAUAUCAGUGCCCAUCUGAGCUGCCUUUCAGUGCCACCUAUCAGUGCCAGUCAGUGCCACCUAUCAGUGCCAGUCAGUGCCACCUAUAAAUGCCCAUCAGUGCUGCCUAACAGUGCCAGACAUGAGUG